AUGACAAACUCUGAUUUGCCUCCUUCUCUAGCAAAUCCAUCUGUGGAUUCUGGUUCUUCCACCACUACUGAGUCCAUUCAGCCCACUGUCACUAAUGAAUCUUCUUAUCCCUUUUACCUUCACCCAUCAGACUCACCAGGGAUGAUCCUUGUUAACUCAAUCUUCAAUGGUAAGAGUUAUGGAGGUUGGCGUAGGGUUGUCUUCAUAGCUCUCUCAGCCAAGAACAAACUUGGAUUCAUAGAUGGAUCUAUCACUGAGCCAACAGCUUGUUCUCCUUCUUUUAAGGCUUGGAAUAGGUGUAAUGACAUGAGCGUUCUCUAUUCAAAAACUGCCAAAGAAAUACGGAAGGAGAUGGAGGACAGGUUUGGGAAGAGCAAUGGAGCUCUCCUUUAUCAACUGCAAAAGGAACUUAGUGACUUAGUUCAAGGAAAUUCUAAUGUUGCUGGAUACUACACUAAGUUCAAAAGAAUCUGGGAUGAAUCGGAUAGUUUUGAUACCUGUGUCCAUUGCAGUUGUGAAUGCUCUUGUGGAGGAAAGAACAGAUCUCUCAAAUCUCAACAAGAUGGUAGGCUCAUUCAGUUUCUCAUGAGACUAAAUGAGGCAUACUUUGGGGUAAAGAGCAACAUUCUGAUGGGAUCUCCACUUCCAAGUAUCAAUCAUGCUUAUUCUCUGUUAAUCCAAGAGGAGAAACAGAAGGAAAUUCAUGCUGCUCAACAUCCAGUUGACUCUGCUUUCAUGGAUGCAAAACAGUAG